ACGCAGAAUCCCGGAGCCGCCCGGAAGCUCCGCCCCCUCCACCCAGAGAAGUCGCAGCGACAGCUAUGGGUCCGGGCUGGUCGCCCGCGCGGCGUCUGUGGCCGCUGCUGUGGCGCAGGGCGGCCGUCCAGAGAGCGGGCCCCGCAGUGGCUUCGGUUCCCUGGCUUCCGCGGCUGGCAGAGCGAGGGCUUCCCGCGGGGCCCGCGAGUCUGACGCGCGGCCUGCACCAUGGGCCUCAGGCCGAGGAGCGGACCGCUGGCGACGCUCGCCUGCAGCCCGGACCGGCAGAUCACAUUGGUGCCAAGUUUGACAUCGAUAUGCUGGUUUCACUUCUGAGGCAAGAAAAUGCAAGAGACAUUUGUGUGAUCAAGGUUCCUCCAGAAAUGAGAUACACAGACUACUUUGUGAUUGGGAGUGGGACUUCCACCCGGCACUUGCACGCUAUGGUCCACUACCUUGUGAAGAUGUAUAAACACCUGAAAUGUAGAAGUGAUCCGUAUGUCAAGGUCGAGGGGAAGAGUGCUGACGACUGGCUGUGUGUGGACUUCGGGAGUAUGGUGAUCCAUUUGAUGCUUCCAGAAACCAGAGAAGCCUAUGAAUUAGAGAAACUAUGGACUCUACGUUCUUUUGAUGACCAGUUAGCUCAGAUAGCAGCUGAGACGUUACCUGAAGACUUCAUUCUUGGACUAGAAGAUGACACUUCAUCCCUGACUCCAGUGGAGUUCAAAUGUAAAUAAAACAAAGUUAAUGCCAUUCUUUACUUGGGUAUGACUGAGCCAUCUGCUUGGUCACUACAAGUUCCUGUCUACCUCUUGAACACUCAUGCUGGUAGCUCAGACUAAAAACCAGUAAUUCAAUCCCAGUUAUUCAGCAUACUGUCUUUACUCUUGAAAUUGUAGCAUGGUGCCUCCGGUAGCACUGAUCCCAGGACUGACUCAAGUUCUCUGUUUAGAUUAUCAGCCUGCCUUCCUUCCCCAGUUUUCCAGAGAUGUCUGAGGGAGAUAGUAAGUAGCUCGGUGCUAGGGUACAAGAAUAACAUUUCUAUAAAUAUGUGGCACAAGUACAAUUUUUAUAUUUAGAACAUUAUGGAAAGCCAUGUAAAUCUGUAGAUCUUAGUUCGUAUUAAUUAAAUAGGACAACCAAGGUUCACAUUCUUGUGCCAAGGGCUGAAAAAAUAACUUGCUGGUAGGUUACUGCUUACUGUAAGAUAUCAUAGAAAAUAACUCAAGAACACUCAUCUGAAAACAUACUACAGAAGCUGUGGUUUAUGAUGAAAACUUUAUUCUGCAUCAGGGUACCUGGAAAAUGAAGCUGCAUUUGGGGCACACUACAGAUGAGAAGUGAUCUGUAUAUGGUGAACACAAAACACAAUUAUAGAGUUACUCAGUACCAGGUACUCCAGACUACCAGUGCUUAAAUGAAAGUAAAACAUGAUUGGCCACUCUAAAGGCUAGACAUGAAAUAUGGCAGAAUUGAAACCAACAGAUAGAAAUGUAGCACCUGUCAGUUUUUUAAAAAACAAACACUGGAAAAAUCAAAUACUGAGGAAGAGCUCUGGCCUUAAGCAUAUCUCCCCUGAGAUCCAAGCAGGAGAGCUGGUCACAUUUUUUUUAAGCAGUUUAAAUCCAUCAUAUCAAAAUGCUAGAUGAAUUCAGUUGUAAAAAGGGGGCACUUUUUGGCUAAAACUACAAAAUAGACUGGUUUUAUGAAAAUGUUUAGGAAUUCAUUUUCACAAUGUCUAAAUGAUAUGCUGAUAAUCAGAAAAACUUAAAGGCAUGUUAAUCCUGAAACAUAAAUGAGGCAAAGUGAUUUUCUGAAGGGUUACAUAAUACCCUCAAGGUCAGUGUAAUAUGACUGUAACCACAUUAUGAACAAAGCAACAAAAACAAUUCAGAAAGCAGCAUGGCCUUGAGGAUCACCCACACCUACACGUAUCCAUACAGGGCUUUGCCACUAAGUUGAGGAAGGGCAAAGGGAAGUCCGAUGUUUCCACAGUCUGAGUUCCCAAAGCCGUUUGCUGGAUCCCCUACCUUGACUCACUGUCAGGUAACUGCAGGGUAGACAGAAACUCUGCUACAUUUCAUGGAAGAGUUUUGGAGGACUUAAUUCUUCCACUGUUUAAAACAUCUUUAAAAUAGCUUAGGUUUGCGACAGUGCCAGGCACAAGGAGAUGGAGCUCUUGUUGCCCUUCAGCCCAGUCACACUACCUGACUCCCCCUGGUCUUCACAAAGCAAUCCUUUCCAUGUCUGCUCAGAGUAUGGUCUGAUUGCAAGUGUGUUGGCAAACUGAGCACCUGGUGAAACAAACUCAAGCUGAUUUUGUUUAAAUUCUGCAUUUCUUCACUGACAUGAAUUUCUUUCUUCCUUUUCGUGGUGACAGUCAAAGCACAAAGCAUUUGCAAAUUCCCACACAUAGCUAAACACAAAUCCCCAAGUCUCCUGGAGCCCUGUACACUAGCCGUCCUUUACCCUAGCCGUCCUGUACACUAGCCGUCCCGGACCCUGCCACCACUCUUCUUGGUCAGCACCGUCAACAAUCUUCCCAGAUAGGAACAAAGGAGUACAUGGUAUUGCUGUUCUUUGAGAAUAGGCACUGCUCCUUAUCGUUGAACAUUUAGUGGACUUUCCAACUACUGUCAAAGGCUCAAAAAAUGCAAAAUUAUUUUUCCAACCUUACUCUCACCAGCCAGACGUAAAAUUACUUUUUCAAUUACUUGCCUAUCAGCUGAUAACUGUUAAAUUUUAUUUAUUUU